AAACAAUCUGAAAGAAUCAACUUGCGUUAUUGUUUUUGUUAUUUCGUCUCUUUUUCCGUGCUGUCCACUUCCACUUUCCCCUCCCUUUUUAUAUUCCCUCCCUCUUUUCAGUUCCCUCACUACCAAACUCCAAGAGAAAACAAAGAAAAGACUCUUCCUUUUUUCCUUUCUUUUCUGUCCAAGUUUUUGAGUUUUAAGCCAAGAUGAAUGCUACCAUGUUUAAGGUUUUGAUGAUGUUGAGUCUUUUGGCCACCGCUUGUAUGGCUCAAGCACCAACAGCACCACCCACAUCUCCACCACCGCCAGCUGCUACUCCAACCCCCACCCCAUCCCCAACCCCAACCCCAACCCCAACCCCAACCCCAACCCCGACCCCAUCCCCAACCCCAACCCCAACCCCAUCUGCAUCUCCAGCUCCAACCGCAUCACCCACCACUUCCCCAUCGCCUUCUCCUGAAGCUUCUACACCUUCUCCUUCAAACGCUUCCCCUCCAGCUCCUACCCCAUCAGGUGGAGCUGCUCCAGCCUCCGAGCCCACUGCCGACCAAGGCCCUCCUCCGUCUGCCGCCUCCACCAACGGUGUUUUCAUUGGUGCAACCGCUCUUGCCGCCACUUUCUUCGCUGCCUUUUUGGCUUAAGAAAGUGAAGUGAAGUCCAGCUUUUUUGGGUUUUGGGUCAUGAUUCUUGAGGAUCUUUACUUUCAUGCUCUCUUUUGUUCUUUCGAGUAGUGUUAUUUUCUCUUACUUUAUAUUUUCCAUUGCACCCUACUUUUUCGUUUUUGUUUAAUUUAUUUGUUAUGUAUGUUUGAUGAUGACGAUUCUAUUAUUUUGGGUUCGGAUGGUUGAUUGUAUUGGUGGUGUGACACGCGUAAAGACCGGAUGGUUGUAGAGAUUGGACUGUUGUACAUCUAAUUACAGUGGAAUAAAAACAGUUUGUUAUUCUUUAAAAAAAA